AUGGGUGCUGUAGUAUCUUGCAUCGAGUCCAUCUUCCGAACCAUCGGGAACGUCAUCAUGGCCAUCGUGACUGGCAUAGGCAGCAUCCUGCAAGCCAUCAUCAGCGGCAUCGUCACAUUCUUCGGCAUCAUUGUAUCCUUCCUAACUUGCGGAUACUGCGGCCGACAUCGCUCAACGCGUACGACGGGUACGACGACGGGAACACGGCGCGGUUGGGGUCGGCGCCGCCAUGGAGUCACCACGAGUCGUAUCUAG